AUGACGCAGCAUUACGCGUUACACGCUAAGGGCCAUAUCCCGUUCUCACCAGACGGGUCGUUAGCGGUAUCACGAGGAGUAUCGCGACCACAGGCUUGGAAAUUGGUGCUCAAUGUCUUCAUUAGCCUCUUCUUGCUAAUCCUCCUGCUCUGCCAAGUAGACGGGGAACGCAUGAAAACGAUAAUCCAUCUUUUUACGAAAUUAAAAUCUCAAGAUACAUUACAAGUAUCUUCCACCGAUUGGGAUUGGAGCGAUAUCGAACCCAGUAGAACUUUACAGUGGCAGCGUUGCUACAAUGACACUUAUGACUGCGCAAGACUCGAUGUGCCGAUGGACUGGCUCAGUCCAUCUGAGGAUGCCCAGGCACGGGUCAUUUUAGCCGUCAUACGCCUCAGAGCUGUUGAACUUGACGACUAUAAGGGUCCCUUAUUUUUUAAUCCCGGAGGUCCUGGAGGAUCCGGGGUUUAUGCACUUAAAGAUCGUGGCGCACUUCUACAGGCUAUUGCUGGUAAGAACUACGAUAUCAUAUCCUUUGAUCCAAGGGGUAUCGGCGCAUCGCUUCCGCGGAUUGACUGUUGGGGAUCUCAAGAGAAGAGUCGCAUCUGGGCAUUGCAAGAUGUUGGCGUAGUAAAUUCCCAUCCGGGAGUCAUAUACGACGCAUUUGCACGAGCAACCGCCUUUUCACAGGCUUGUGAGAGAAAUAUGAACGGCUCUGGUCUUCUUUCGCACAUAAGUACUGCAUCGCAUGCUAGAGAUUUACUUGAAAUUCUCCAUCAGACCGGGCAGGACAAGCUCAAAUACUGGGGCUUUAGCUAUGGGACGAUACUAGGCGGCGUAUUCGCCGCGAUGUAUCCUGACAAGGUCGAAAGGCUCGUUAGCGACGGUAAUGUAGAUUACCGGGAAUGGCACUUAAACUCAUAUAUCAACUUUCUGCACGAUACUGAUAAAGUUAUGGAAGCUUUCUACAACUUCUGCUACGAAGCUGGCCCUUCUAGUUGUGACUUCUACGCGUCAAGUCCGACUGCCAUAGAGAGAAGACUGGCCAGCCUUCUUGAGCGGAUCAGAGAGCAUCCCAUAAUUGUGCCAGCCUCUGAAUCAGGGCCUGAUAUGCCGCAGCUAAUCACUUGGUCCCACCUCAAACGAUUGAUCUCGGCUUCUCUUUACCGGCCUAUCUUCAUGUUCAAAAAGUUCGCCAAAGUCUUGAGGGCCCUGGAAGGUGGUGACGGCGAGCCUUUCUACCAAUUAGUUAAGUCGGAGAACCCGACGUCACCGAUAUGCUCGAUAGAAGCAAUACCACCCAACGUACCAAGAUUAGAGGAAGGAAACGAUAACGCCUUUCCCGCGAUUCUUUGCGCAGACUCGCCUCCUAUUUCUGACACAGUAUCAGAAUUUGUAGAGUUUGUCGAAAAGCUUAUGCGUAUUAGCUCUGCUGCUGGCGAUGUCAAUGCUCUCUUUAGAUUAGCUUGUAUAGGCAGGACUAUUAGGCCACAUUGGAGGUUUGAAGGUCCAUUCGAAGGCAACACAAGUCAUCCAAUCCUCUAUGUAGCCAACAUGGCCGAUAACAUAUCUCCGCUCAUCAGUGCAAGAAACAACUCGCAAGGUUUCCCAGGCUCUGUCGUCCUAGUCCAGAAUUCCUACGGCCACACUAGCCUUUCUGCCGCUUCAACUUGCACCGCUAAUUAUAUCCAUGCCUACUUCCAGAACGGCACACUUCCAAAACCAGAAACUACUUGCGAGCCUGAUUAUUAUCCAUUUCAAGAUACAUAUCCUAAUCAUGUUGAUGAAUUAUCAUCAGCUUCUCGCAAGUUGUCCCAAGUCAAUUGGGGUUUUCAGCCUAGAUUAACCUCAUAG